AUGUCACGAAUAGCGAAAGAGUCACUACCUGCGAAACAGGUUUGCGAGAACCGUAAAGGCAAGAUACUAGAGAAGUUGGAGGACGAAGUACACAAGGUCAACAAACUACGAGGCAAGCUCGACCAUAGGAAGGAAAGCAAAGCUUUUGAAGAAGAAGAAGAAGAAGAAGGUGACAAGGUAGAAAAGGCUAAUGAAAGUUGGCUUUUAACCACGGAAUAUUACAAAAAUAUUGACACCAAAGCUUUUCGGCAGUACGAGCUAGCGUGUGACCGAGUCAAGCAAUUUUAUGAAGAACAGCAUGCAAAGCAAACUGUAGCUUAUAACAUUCAAGCACGGAUAGAUUUCAAAACUAAAUCAAGAGAUAAGAUGAGUGUUUGGCAAGGGUUGGAGAAACUUAAUAAGUUAUUGGAUGAUAGCGAUCCCGAUACUGAAUUGUCACAAAUUGAUCAUGCGUUACAAACGGCAGAAGCUAUUAGAAGGGAUGGACAACCACGAUGGUUUCAGCUCGUGGGGUUGAUUCACGAUUUAGGCAAGUUGCUUUAUUUCUUCGAUUCCAAAGGACAGUGGGAUGUUGUUGGCGAUACUUUCCCUGUUGGAUGCAAAUUCUCCAAACGGAUCAUAUUCCCUGAAAGUUUUCGCAAAAACCCUGAUUUUUUAAACCCCUUGUAUAAUACAAAAUAUGGCAUUUAUUCCAAGAAUUGCGGGUUGGACAAAGUAAUGUUAAGUUGGGGCCAUGAUGAGUAUAUGUAUCAUGUUGCUAAGAGGAGCUCGAUUUUGCCUGUUGAGGCGUUGGCUAUGAUCAGGUAUCAUUCGUUUUACCCUUGGCAUCAAGAAUAUGCUUAUGGAUAUCUCAUGGACGAACACGACAAGGAGAUGCUCAAAGCAGUAAAGGCAUUUAACAAGUAUGAUUUGUAUUCCAAGAUUGAUCAACAAUAUGACAUCGAAGAGUUGAAACCGUACUACAUGGAGUUGAUAGAUGAGUUCUUUCCUGGUAAAAUUAUUGAAUUUUGA